CAAUCCAAUCAGCCUCGAUGGAAGAGCAAGUGCACCAGUCAGGGUAAGCUGUGAGGAAGUGGGGUGGAUCUUCUCCCAUAUAAGGACACGGAAUGCUUGAUAUGGAAAACAAUUUUUGACCAGUGGCACUUACUUCUGUUGCUAUGAAGUGCUUUGAGUGGAUCAUUUAAUACAAACCCAAGCUCACAUGGACACAUUACAGUUUGCUUACAGAGAGAAAAGGGGAGUGGAAGAUGCUGUCACAACCCCCCUGAAUGGAAACACCUUGAAACACCUGCCUCUCAUGUACGCAUCCUGUUUGCAGACUUCUCUUCAGUGUUCAACACCAUCCAGUCACACAUGUUGAUAGAGAAGCUUGACAAACAUGGGUGUAGACCUCACUCUUGUAAAGUGGAUUCAGGACUUUUUGACAGGCAGACAACAGUACGUGAGGGUGGCUCACAGUCAGUCAAGAACCAUCCAAUGUACAAACCACACCCCUCCUCAAAAGUGUUCCACUUAUCUGAGACUCUAUCCUGGCAUGGAUACAAAGCACACAACAUUCAAGAUUAACUUGUCCCACAUCGUUGGAAAUUUGUCUUGGGCACUUAAGUCAUGCUGCAGCAGUAGUAAAAACAAAUAUACGCAGACAGCAUGUACAAACAGAUACUGUACAGUAACAGACCGUACUAUGGAUUCAAAGCAUACAUAUGGCAUUCAGCUAGUUGAUCUUCAGCCUCCGAUACGUUUUCUCAAUAUAACUGGAGUAGAAGCGGAUUUACUCUCAUCAGAUGGGAGCUGUUGUUACCAAAUCAGAAGCGUCACACAGCCAAGAUGAAAUUUAAAAUGAGGGCCCUCAUUUUCCUGCUGUGUGUGACUACUAUCUGUGUGUCUUGGAGAGGAUAUAUGUCAUUCUCCCUGCCUCAGAAUAAAAGACCCUGUGCUUGUGAGCGAUGUUUAUCUGAAGAUGAUCCGUGGUUUAUGAAGCAUUUCAACAAAUCUGUUGAACCAUUUUUGUCAGCAAACUACAAUAUCUCAGAGGACAUUUUCAACUGGUGGAAGCCCUUACAGGGUGCAAAGGGCAACUUCAGUACCUUCAGAAGAAAAGUGGAGAGGCUGUUUCUGAUGGUCCCACCCAGUCCGGAAGUUCUAGAAUCCAGCCCUGACCGCUGCAGGACUUGCGCUGUGGUGGGGAAUUCUGGUAAUUUGAGGAAAUCACAUUAUGGACCUCUCAUAGAUUUCCAUGAUGUCAUCAUAAGAGUGAACGCUGGUCAAAUCAAAGGCUAUGAAGCAGAUGUUGGGACCAGAACAACUCAUCGUGUCAUGUAUCCAGAGAGUUCGGUGGAUUUAGACAACACCACUCAUUUUGUGCUGGCUCCAUUUAAGACGGUUGAUUUUGACUGGCUCACAGGGGCCCUCACCACAGGAUUCAAUGGAGGACCACAUUGGGGUGUAAGAUCAAAAAUCAAAGCUAACAAGCAUUUGGUGAUGGUCCUUAAUCCAUCUUUUAUGAGGUAUGUUCAUGACAUGUGGCUGGAAAAGAAGGGUGAUUACCCCUCCACUGGCUUUCUGGCUUUGAUUCUUGCCCUGCAUAUGUGUGACGAGGUCAGUGUGUUUGGUUAUGGAGCAGACAGUGAUGGAAACUGGAGUCAUUACUGGGAAGAACUCAUGAACAAAAAGUUAAAAACUGGAGCACAUCCUGGAGAUACAGAGUAUAGAAUGAUCCAGGAGCUAGAUGAGCAACAGAAACUCAAUUUUUAUACAGGGUUCUGAUGUUUCUCUCAGCAUUUAAAGGAAGGUUAGUAGUAGGUAACUGUAGAAGAACAUGAAGGGCUGUAUUUUUUCCACCGUUAAGACGGUUAAGAUACCAAUCUUUGUGUUUUGCACGUGUAUGUAAAUCUCCUGGGUUUGCUACUUCUGAAGUAUUAUUUGCAUGUGGUAAUGACUGGAAGACACACUAUACAAUUACAGUAUAUGUUUACACUAUAGAUAGCCAACUAGAGUAGAAUGCACAAGUAGGAUAAAAGUUAGGGAUAAAAAGCUGUGUCAAAAUGUCUUCUUUUUUACAUUGAAUAAAUAAGGUUGGGGUAAUCGUGCAGUAUACUGUACCAUUCACUGUAUUUACUGAUGUGAUAAUUGAACAAAUAUUUGACAUGAGCUUAUGCCCAAAGCAAACUACAAUAAGUGCUUUCAACCAACCAGGAACAAUGAUGGCAGAAAACAAGUCGUAUCACAAAGAUAAAAAGUUUAAAUUGUGCAACACAGAAACUAAAUUAGCAAUAAAUAUACAAAUGUCCUCAGUCCAGAGGUCCUCUAUGUAUUGUCUUAAUAAAAAGGUGCAAAGAUGA